AUGCUGAUGCUUUUGCUGCGGCUGCUGCUGCUGCUCCUGCUGCUGCUGCUGCUGCUGAUUCGGCCCCCCAGCAGCAGCAGCAGCAGCAGCAGCAGCAGCAGCAGCAGCAGCAGCAGCAAGACCCCUUUGUUGCUGCUGGAGCUGUACUCAAGAUUUCUGUCACCCUUCAUCAUCGCAUCAGGUGAAGCAGCAGCAACAGCAGCAGCAGCAGCAGCAGCAGCAGAGGGCGGAGCAACAUGGAGACAGCAGCUGCUGCAGCAGACAGCAGCAGAUGUAUCUUCAGUAGCAGCAAAGGCUGUGUCUUUGGUUAAUACAUGCUGGUCUGCUGCAGCACGAGCUGAACGUGCUCGGCUCUUUCUGGCUCCUGAUGCUGAGGAGGAGGCAGCAGCAGCUGCUCAACCAGCAGCAGCAGCAGCAGCAGCAGCAGCAACAGCAGCAGCAGCUGCUGCUGCAGCAGACGGAUCAUCGACAGCAUUAGCAGCACCAGAACCAGAGAGAGGAGGAGCAGGUGCAGCACCAACAGCAGCAGCAGCAGCAACAGCAGCAGCAGCAGGAACAACAACAGCAGCAGCAGCAGCAGCAACAGCAGCAGCAACAGCAGCAGCAACUGCUGCUGCUGCUGCAGCAGACGGAUCAUCGACAGCACUAGCAGCACCAGAAUCAGAGAGAGGAGAAGCAGGCGCACCAAUACCAGCAGCAGCAACAGCAGCAGCAGCAGGAACAACAACAGCAGCAGCAGCAGCAGCAACAGCAGCAGCAGCAGCAGCAGCAGCAGCAAGCCACAAAGAAGAGACAGAAUAUGAACGGCUGCAGCGGCUGCGGUUUGAGUCUGAGAUAAUAGGGGACCUAGCAGCAGCAGUAGACUACCACAAGCAGCUGCUGCUGCUGCCUCUCCCCCCCUCAGCAGCAGCAGCAGCAGCAGCAGCAGCAGCAGGUAUACCCAUACCCACAGAGCCUGAGCUGUAUAUACAGCUCGCUGCGCUGCUGCUGCGGCAAAACCAAGACAACCUAGCAGCAGCAGAAGCAGCAAUCAGACAAGCCAUACAUAAGCUAGGAGGACUGCAGCAGGCCCCGCUAGAACCUCUGCUGCUUCUCGGUUGUUUGCUGCUGGACUCUAACAAACCCGCGGAGGCCCAAAACAUAUUUUCUGUUGCUGUGAACAGACAGCUGCUGCUGCUGCAGCAGCAGCAGCAGCAGCAGCAGCAGGUGUUGCUGCAGCAGCAGCUGCAGCAGCAGGAGCAAGAGCAGCAGCAACAGGAACAGCAGCAGCAGCAGCAGCAGCAACAGGAGAUAACAGAAACUGCUUCACAGCAGCAAAAGGACGAGUCAUCUGCAUCCGUUUCUGCUGCUGCUGCUGCAGCAGCUUCUGCUGCUGCUGCUGCUGCUGCUGCUGCAGCAGCAGCAGCACAGAACCAGCAGCCUGACCCCCCUCUCUCUCUUUCUUUUUUUUGUCUUUCUCUCUCUUUUUUGUUUUCUGGUGACCUAAACAAAUUCGAUGCUGCUUGGGCUCUCGCGCUGCAGCCUGCUGCUUUUUACAUGCAGCAGCAGCAGCAGCAGCAGCAGCUGCAGCAGCAGCAGCUGCUGCUGCUAGAGCUGGGGAUGGCCGAAUCCACUGCAGCAACAGACACAAAAACCAACACCCAGCAGCAGCAGCAGCAGCAGCAACAGCAGCAACAGCAGCAGCAGCAGCAGCAGCAGCAGGAACACCAAAAGAUAUGGACGGAGUGGACACUGCAGGCAAUCAACAAGGAAGUCAGUCUGCUGCUGCUGCUGCUGCUGCUGCUGCUGUUGCUGCUCGUGCUGCUGCUGCUGCUGCUCUGA